AUGAAUCUGCGCACGCUGGUUUCGCAGAACAAAAAGAGGUACCAGAUGCACUCAUUCGACCUCGACCUCACUUACAUCACCGACAAGGUCGUCGCAAUGGGCUUCCCCUCGGAGAGUCUGGAGUCGGUCUAUCGCAACCCCAUGAGCGAAGUGCAAAGGUUCUUCGAGACAUUCCACCACGAUCACUACAUGGUCUACAACCUCUGCUCCGAGCGGGACUACAAGGAAGAAAAGUUCCACGGCCGCGUGGAGCGGUAUCCGUUCGAUGACCACAACUGCCCCACCAUCGAGCUCAUCGAAAACUUUUGCGACUCUGUGGAGGUGUGGCUGCACUCGCACCGAUCCAACGUGGCCGCCGUGCACUGCAAGGCCGGCAAGGGGCGCACGGGGCUUAUGAUCACGUGCUGGAUGCUGUACUCCGGGCUGUGCGAGACCGCACAGGAGGCCCUCGAGUUCUACGCCUUCAUCCGCUGCAUGGACCAGAAGGGGGUGACAAUUCCCAGCCAGAUACGCUUCGUGGAGUACAUCGAGCGACUGAAGAUCUACGGGCCGGUGCCGCACGUCUCCCUCGCGCUCCGCUCCCUCAUCAUCCACACGGUGCCCAAGGCCCUCAUCUCCAAAAUCCGCCACCACUCGUUGGGAUUCCGGGUCCUGGUCUUGCUGCACGGCGAAAAAGAGAUGCGCGAAAUCUUCAGCGCAGAUGCCAUGCAAAAGACGGUGGUGGAGGUGAAGGGGGAGACGCGUGAGGCUCUCAUCUUCCAGUUCCCCGCCCACGUCCUCAUCACGGGCUCCGUCAAAAUGGAGUUCUUCUACCGGGAUAUCCUGGGCCGACCUGUGACGCUGUUCCGGUUUUGGUUCCACUGCUCGUUCGUCGGAUCGUCGAACCAGCUCCUCCUCAAGAAGUCCCAGAUCGACGGCGCCCACAAGGACCACAAGAACCACAAAUUCGAACCCGCCUUCAGAGUGUUGGUCGAGUUCGGAGAUGUGGCGCCGGGCGUGCAAAUGGAGGGCGUGCCGCCCAACCACAACGACCUCCCGCUCGGACACCUCGUCCACCACUACAACCGAGAGGGGCUGCGGAUGCGAGGCGCCGUGGCCCGGAUGACGGGCUCGCAGCGGCUCUUCGCCCACAAGCUGCGGCUUCUCCGCCACAAGGCCCUCUACCAGAUCGGGGUGCUGGAGGUGACGCUGGAGAAGGACCUGAAGGCGCUGAUGGAGGUGACGGACCAGGAGGUGGCGGCCAAUCCGAAGAGGGCGCAGCAGGUGGCGGUCUCGGGUCCGCUGCUGGCCCGGAUCCGGGACUACAUGCGGGACAUGCCGCCCUGCAAGGCCUACGCCUCCCCCUUCGCCCCCGCCGCCCACCUCGACAACUCCUGCCGCUCCCUCGUCCGCCCCCUCAUCAAAGAUGGGGAGGAGAUAUUGUCGAAGCUGCUCAAGUUGAAGAUCGUGACGCAGGCGGCGACCGACAUGGAGGGCCAGCUGGGCCUCUUCCUCCGCUACAUCAACGGACUCGCCAAGUGGUACGACAUGGGGACGGAAGAGCUUCACGGCAAGCGGCGGCAGGACGACCUCGAGCGCGACCUCGAUGUCCUCCUCUACACCAAGCUCUCCUCUUCGUCGUCGUCGUCGUAUGCUGCUUCCGCGUCCGCCGCGUCGUCGUUGUCGUCCGUCGUGUCCCCCAUCAACUCGCCGCCCACCUCGCCGCGCCUCCACAAGCCCUCGUCAUCGCCGCGGCCACCACACCACUCCGCUGCAGCCCCCGCCCCGACGCGUUCCUGGGUUCCCGCGGACGCAUGCGAGGGGAAGGACCUGGAGCGCGUGCGGGCAGCCGUGGAGGACAUCCGACACGCCACGCGCGCCGCCAGCCUCUCCCCCGACGCCCGUCGCGCCCGCGCCAUCCGUGCAUCGAUGACCGAGAAGAAGCGUACGGUGGCCCCGACAGCGGUGUGGACGGGCUACGCGACCAUGCGGCCCUCGCUCGGUACGCGAGGAGGCGCCACCAACGCCACCACCAACGGCGCUGAACGAUCAAAUGAGAACGGCGGGGGCGGCGCCAACGGGCCGUCAAUCGGGCGAAAGCCGCCGAAGCCCGACAAGCCCCUCCCCGCCACCCCGCCCUCCCCCCGCGACGAGCCCGAGGUCGACGUGGCGGUGACGUCAUCAUCAUCGUCGUGCCACGUCAGCAAAGGCUGCGUCGACGAGGCGGCGGCACGUGCGGGCGGAGCCUCGUCGAAGCGGCGGAACGUGCGGGCGUUGGACGUGCGGAGCGCGGCUGAGGGCGACGUGAAGGGCGCCUCGCUGGCCGCCUUCCUCAUCCGCUCGCCGCCGACGGCCCGGCUGAGCGGCCUGCAGCUCGGCUCGAGCCGCUCGACCCGCUGCUCGCGCACCCUCGCCUCCUCGCCGUCCUCCUCCUCCGCGCCCAACGCCAAACUGCUCGCCUCGGCGGACGCUCCCUUGGUGAAGGCGUCGUCAUCGGGCGCGACAUCGCUGCGGGUGUGUUCGCCCAUGUGGUCGCGGCGGCGGUCGGUGACCAUCAACCACCUGCCCGGCGGCGGCGGUGAAGCGGACACCGGUGACUGGACGGUGGCGACGGGCGACGACGACGGGCGGAGGCCCCGGAGCAAGGAGGAGGGCGAGGGGCUCCGAUGUCAGAUCGUCAUCGGCUCCAAGAAGGAGCACACGACGAGCCAGACGACAACGAAGAAGAAGAAGAGCCUUGACGGUGAUGAUGAAGCGGAGGAAGACGAUGAUGAUGAAGCGGAUGAAGACAAGGAGGAAGAGGAGGAGAGGCGCGGGAGCGUGUACGCGCGCCGCUUCAUCUUCUUCAUCGUCAUCUUCAUCAUCGUCAUCAACGUCUUCGCCGCCGUGGCGCGCGCAGGUGCGUGGCGACGGAGCGGGGCGUGGAUCAGCGUUGGCGCCGGCAGCGACGGACGGGCCGAGGAGGAGCGCGAGCUGCUUGGGCGACGGCAGGCGGCGCUCGGGCUGGUGGCGAGCAUGCGCGCCCGGCUGACCACCUUCAAGCAGCGCCUCGAGGACGGCCUCGUCGACGACGCCGAGCUCACCACCGAGGCCAACCGCAUCGGCUUCGUCGUCGAAUACCUCGCCCGCUCCCUCCGCCAGCCUCCUCCUUCGUAA